AUGGUGUCGUCGCGCACCUUGAUUGAAGCUGCGCGGGAAACCCAUGCUCCGGUGGACGACAUCCUUGCAGAGGAUCCUUCAACUUCGGAUGUCCAGUCGCCGUUUCCGCGACUGUUUCGCCAACGAUCGAUGUCUACAUUGCCGCGCACGCCGACGCUGGCGCGCACUAAAGAUCUGCGGCACUCGGCCAGCACGAGUUCGCUGGCAGAGGGUGCAUUCAACUUGCAGCCACGGAUUAUGACGCAGGCGAUGGAACCGCUAGCAGAAGAGCCGCUCUCGUACACGGAUGACGUGUCGGAACUGCCCCCCAACAUACGUUCUGUCCCACCGCGCUCACAACGCCAAUCACGACGUACACAGUCUGGGGCAUCGCUGCAGGAUACGUUUUCCGCAAGCUCUGAUGCUUUGCCAAAAGACUACGGCUUGGGAAAGCACCGCCGUCGAUUUCCAACGGGGUGGAAGCAUUACGCGCGCCGACAUGACUCUCGUGAAACGCAAGCGAGCAGUCCGUAUGGGCAUUCUAUACGCAACACUUCACAAACCUACUAUCAUGACCGCAAUUUUAGCCAGUACUCGAUGCGCAGUGCUCCGCCGCCCAUGUAUCUCUUUCGUGACGAGCAGUUCCAAUGGCUCUCCUCGCGUGCACAGCGCGACUUGGAGUAUUAUACUGCGGUUCCCGCGAUGCAUCACCGUAUGUUGGGCUCUUCCUUUGAGGUCGGGGCCAAGUUUUAUGAGGAGCUAGACAAGACGUUUUUGCAGCCCCAAAAAGCAGCGCGCGAGCAAAGGCUUGUUUGGCCGCACAGGCGCGCGAAUUCGGGAGCACAAGGACCCAAUAGCGCGCCCAUGCAACACACACAGAAUGAUGCACACCUUGAUACCUCCAUGCCUCGAGCCUCGACCAUACCCACAAGCGCACCUCUUUCUGCACCCCAGCCAGGCGCGCCAAAAGAGCCUCCAGAAGACCAAGAAGUGGCGUCGGUUCAACGUGCGCGCACCGUUGCUGUCGCUAAGCCAGAAAAUGCCGGCGAUCUCAAUGAUAAAUGGAGCGAUGCGCAACGGCAAGUGCAGCGAGGCAAGUCGCUGGUGGGCAAACCUGGAAAACGAUCCGUGGUAAUGGAGCGACUCGAGCAAGAGAUUGCAGACAUUAAAAGCCAAGCGGCACCGACUCGUUUCAAUCUGCCGAAUCCCGACGCUGCACCCAACCAAGACACAGCUGAUGUACAUGAUGCGUGCAGCCGCAACUCUGCGCCGCGCAAGUCGAACGCAUGCAGCGAAACGGCGAGCCAUGCAUGUACGUCGAGUGCAGAUCGGUCACGCAGCAGCAAUUCGGCGCACACCCGUUCCGAGGCAUCCGACAAAAGCUCUCUGGAUUCCAUUCCGGCAACGCCCACGGUUGUCAUUCCCACCAAGGCCACAAAAUCGUCCAAAUCCAUUUUUCUUGACAAUAAAUCGGUCCGCCCCGGAGAGCGCCUCGACAAGUCGACCAGGCUAAUGCUGGAAAAAAAAGGAAAGCGCAAGGUAACGUUUGCAAAAUCAUCUUUUGCGCCGUCUUUGCUUAGCGCUACUGCCGAGGAUCUUACAUCGAACCUUGUUGCGCAUGGCGAGCCCAUUCCUGUUGGGCCUGGCAACUGUGCGCCAGCAUCCGCGGACGAAGUUCUCUCGCGCCCAAGCGAUCCGCCCAUACCCGUCGAGCACGUCAAAUGGGACUUGCUGAAGCGGGCCAAGGAGCUUUCUGAACCGAUCUCGAGCGUCGCAUCGCCCGUCCUGAAACGAGACCGUAUGCUGGUCAAGGUGCAAUAUGCCUCCAAUAUGGAUCCAUCUGUCACCUUUAAUCAGUUUGAGGCACGCAAGUACGAAAUUCGGUCGUUUGCAUGGCUCGAAUUUAUCGUGGUGCUUCGCCUCGGUAAAUUAGAGUUGUGGAGCGAGCCCAUGGUGCGUGGUCGUUUGCUUGGUCACACGAACAAGCUUAAGCUGCGUCAUUCAAUCGUACUUGAGCGUGGUGUAACGUAUUUUUCGGUUUAUUCCGUGGUUGACAGACUGUUUUGUCUCACAUUACCCCGACGUAUCAAUCCCGAUACCAAACAGUCGAGGAAGAGUAGAAUCCCGUUUCGCCGCUCGGGCACUUUGAUCCUCAUUUUAAAUGCGCGUACCAUGUCUAGUGCAGCCGACUGGACAUGGAUACUGUACCGGCAAUUGGGGGGAACCAUUCCCAAGCACCUCAUUGUCCACAUCCCCGAUAUUUCUGUGCGCAUCCGCGUUCCAGUCCCAGAACUUGACACCCAAGAACCGCUAAAAGGCGACCACGAAUACCACGGCGCUUUGGAUACGCAAGGGUAUGAGGAGGAAGAACAGUGGACCCGGUACGGCCAAAUGACACAGGUCGAAAUGAUCCGCGCCGUAGGCCGGCUCGUAAAAGUGAUGCCAAAUUGGGCUUGGCUGAGCGAGCGCUUGCGUUCUGAAGGACUGAAGACCAACUUGGCCUGGCGAGCCGGGAGUGUCUACGACUGGGUGACGUACGAUACGACUGCCCAAGGUUUCCCGCGGUUCUGGUCGGUAAUGUCGGGUGGGCUUUUGCUUGCGAGUCGGCGUGUACCUGUACUAGAGCUCGCGGAAAACUUGCACUACCCUUCCAAUACACUUCAUCCCAAUGGUACCAAACUACAGGAGCCUCCUGCUUUGGAAGGAUUCCUUUGGCGCAUUCGCCCCGUUUCAAAUACAAGCACAAUCAUCUACUUUACCUCGCAGAAGAAUCUCUUGUUUAUGACGCGCGAGUCGCGCAGUUUUGCGCCGGAUAAUUAUUUUGGUUUGCCACUGGACCCAAAAUUCGACGUGCCAAGCAUGGAUUAUCAGGAACGCUUGCGCGCGUUUGCCGAUGAUUUCGCCAAGCGUGAUCAUGUGCGUCAACAACUCCAAAUUCGCUACUCGGAAGGCCUGAUCGAUUUGCGCGAUGUUUGUGCGAUACAGAGUACUGGUACGGGUGUAUCCAUCAACACCAGCCUUUCCCCCACCACCGUCUCGCUCGGCGCGCAGCUUGACACUCCGCUGCAUGCUUACUUCAACAUACCCAAUUUGUACACCCUUUUUGAUUACGAUGGCCGCCGCGACAAGAUUAUUAGCCUUCUCAACUUUCCCACCGGCGUCGAAGCGGGGGGUGAGGGCGAUCUUGGUUUGCAGGACGCGCCGGACAAAUCCAAGGCACGCGCGUACCGCCAAUUUGACUUGCUGCUCAGCAACGGGAGACGAAUUUCCCUCGAAGCUAUUUCGGCUGACAUGGCGCAGGAAUGGAUCGUGCGCUUGAUUGAGAUGACCAUUUAUUGGGCGUGUCGAAUGAAAAUGGACAAGUGGGUGCUGAUGAACGAGUCUGGGAACAAUCCCAACGUAUCCCACUUUCAUUCGUUUACAGGAAAUCACCAAGAACACUCGUCCUUGUCCUUGCGUUUGCUCUGGAACUGGUGCCCAAUUAAUGGCUGCCGUGCGGUGCGAUGCAGCGGGCAGCUUUACUGGCGCGGCGAUCAUCGACACCACAAUUUCAUAAACCAGUACUUUGUGGUUUGUGCCGGCACCAUUGUUCCGUUCAAAUUGAUGUCGUCUGUGCGCUCAGCAACCUCGCGUCAGAACGAAGGUAUUUUGUACAAGCGUGUGGACCCACUUAUUUUGCUCCGUGACGCGUACAUCUACACGGGCACCACUGGCGACUCGUCGAAGGAUAUCAACGCAGGUCUAGGCUCCUCGCGCCGCGUCCGGACCAUGUCCAGCGUGGGCGAGCCACAAAUUCCGCGUCUUUUCAAAGACGGUCUUGGCAGCAUCGAUAAGGACGACGAUUGUACGUUUGUGUUGCGCGUGCGCAUGGGCCACGACAGUUUAUCUGCGCAUCAGAAUGUGUAUCGUCUAGCGCGCGGAAAAUCAGUCGAUGCAGACGCCGAGUUUAUUCCUAGCUUGUCGGACCAUGGGUACGGGCAACUCAUUUUCCGCGCCAAGACCACGAUCGAACGCGAUCUUUGGGUGCGUGCCAUUGCGCUGGAAAUUGAGUCCUUGGCGCGCUCGGAAAUAGACCGGGAUGUCACGAUCCGCAAACGCGGAAAUAUUUAUUGA